CCGCGGAGGUGCUGUGUGACGCGCGUGCGGUCGCGCUGACGAGAGGAGCGCGGUGUGACGCGCGCGGCUGCAGCACUGACAUGCGGUUGUGUGCGCUCUCGUAGUGGCGUGGAUGGUCACCAUGUGGAAGAAGAGGGAGGACGGCAGGCUGGGAGUCGCGGUGUACGGCUGGGGCGGCGGCGUCCGUCAUGGCCUGCCGCUCUCCGUCGGCGAGACGGUCCACAUCCUGGAGGAGUGUGACGGCUGGCUCAGGGGCCACACCGUCCGCAACAAGACGCAGCGCGGCAUCUUCCCAGCCUCCUACAUACGCCUGAAGCCAUGCCUGGUCGAUGGCGACGGGCCCCAGGAGCGCAUUGUGCCCGUGGAGGAGGCCGUGGUGACGGAGGUCACCCAGGUUCUGCGGGAAUGGAGCGACCGCUGGAAGCAGCUCUACAUUGGCCGGGAAACGCUGGAGGUGUCCGCGCUCUGGAAGGUGAUGCACGAGCUGCUCGACUGGCGGCGCCAGCUGAUCACGGGCACGCUAACCCAGGACCAGACGCGUGAGCUGCGGGUCAAGGUCACGGCCAAGGUGGACUGGGGCAACAGGCGGCUGGGUCUGGACCUGGUGCCCCGGCUGGACGGGUGCAUGGUGGACCCGGAGGCCAUCUCUGUGGUGGCUCUGCACCGCGUGCACUCUCAGAGUCUGGAAACGUCUCAAGGAAUGUCGGUACGUGGUACUCUCCGCAAAAGGAAGACAAGCCGACCAACGGCUCACAGCCAUAACCUGUAUGCGUCGCUGCGAGAGUUCGGCUACGUCACGGGUGACGAUGUAGAGCUGUAUUUCUCCCUGUACGACGCCGACAAAGCCAAGUUUGUCAGUGAGAGGUUCCUAGUCCUCAUAUCGAGGGAAGGUCAGUCCAACUUCUACAACAAGCCGCAAAACAACACAUCCGUCGUGUUCACGGACCUGGGCGACAUCGAGAGCGCGCCGCAGCUGUACCUGGUGCUGCACGCGCUCCGACUGGGCCGCAUGCUUCCCUCCGAGUCUUCGAAGCGCGGCGCUUCGCAGCGCUUCCGCCGGCCGCUGGGCUGCGCCGUGCUGAACGUGCACGACGUGCUGGCCAGCCGGCCGGCGGCGGCCGACGCCGAGCGCGAGCUCUCGCUGCGCCUGCAGCAGACCGAGGAGCGCGACUUCAGCCAGCUGCACGAGAUGAUCAUCCGGCAGGCGAGCAGAUGCAGCCCGCUCUCCGCUUCCGCCAACUAUGGGGUGCUUCUGUCGCUUCGUUUGCUCAACGGCAGCCAAGCUCAGGUGAUGCGCGACCACCCGCUGCUGCUCAAGCACGCUGCCAUCGCUAGAAAGCUCGGCUUCCCAGACAUCAUCAUGCCGGGUGACAUCAGGAACGACCUCUAUCUGACGCUGGACCGAGGCGAGUUCGAGCGGGGCGGCAAGUCCACCGGCAAGAACAUCGAGGUGUGCGUGUCGGUCGUGCGCAGCGACGGCAGGGUGUUGGAGGACUGUAUCGUGUCGGCCAGCGGCCAGGCCGGCAGCCGCACCUUCACUUCCACCGUGUUGUACCACAACAACGCACCACGCUGGGGCGAGACGCUGCGACUGGCCGUACCCAUAGAGAGCUUCAGCGGCGCGCACGUGCGCCUCGAGUACAGCCACUGCUCCAGCGCCAAGGAUAGGGCGGAGAGAAAGCUGUUCGCCUUCUCGUUCGCCUGCCUGAUGGACCAGGAGGGAGCCACCAUUGGGGACGGUCCUCGCGAACUCUGCGUCUACAAGUGCGAGGACAGAAACAAGCUGCUGAACCCGGCGUCGUACCUUGGCCUGCCGUGGCACGCUGCGCAAGUGCGCGAGCCAGCCGGGGGGAACCACCACUUCAGCCGAUCGGGUCGUGAGUGGGCCUGGGUGCGCACUCUGCUCUGCUCCACCAAACUGACGCAGAACGGUGACCUGCUUUCAUUGUUGAAAUGGAAGCAAAACCCCGACAAGAUCGUGGACACACUGACACGUAUCAUGAAGCUGAAGGGCGAGGAGGUCAUGAAGUUCCUGCAAGAUGUCCUGGACUCGCUGUUCGCCAUGUUCUCGGCCGACGACGGAAACUCCACGCAACACUCUGGGCUUGUGUUUCAAGUGCUGGUCAGCAUCUUCAGCCAUCUCCGAGACAGCAGGUUCGAACACUUCCGACCUGUGCUCGACGCUUACAUCAACGGACAUUUCGCCGCCGCGCUGGUGUACAAGGGACUGGUGAGCUGCGUGCGCCACUACGCCGAGCAGGUGACGACCAGCGAGCGCCAGCAGCCGCUGCUCAAGUGUUUCGGCACGCUGGAACUGGUGUUCCAGUUUGUGGCGCGCUCCCGGCUUCUGUUCGGCCGGCAGAGCGUCGGCGAUAGUGAGGACGGCUUCAGGGCCGACCUGGCCGAGCUGUUCAACGUGUUCAACAGGACGCUGGCCAGCACGGGCGCCGAGGCCACCGUCGGCACGCAGGUGGCGCUGCUGUCGUCGGUGCCGGCCGUCUGCGAGCAGCUGCGGGCCAUCCUGCCGGACGCCGAGCUAGCCUGCCGGCUCUCGCUGCUGCUGGAGGCGCUGCCACGCGACCCGCCGCCCGCCGUGACGCAAGCCAAGCUGAAAGCCAUGCAGGCGGCGGCCGGCUCGCCACUGUUCCUCGACGGAGAGUCCCGCCGCCUGCUGCUGCAGACGAUGUGUAAGCACCUGCAGUACCACAUCAGCCACCGGCAGGAGGUUCGGUUGAGCACUGAUCUGCUGGGAGACGUCCUCGACCUGCUCCACCAGCUGCAGAGUGAUGACCCCGGCCUGGACCUCUCCCGGGACGUGGAGAUCGUCUCGGCGUACCUGGUGGACACGCUGGUACGCUCAGUGCUCUCGCUAGAGUCUGCCCCGCGGCGGACCGGCGGGGGCCAGUGCGGCCGCCUGGUGGCAGCACUGGCCACACUGCUACGACUUAUGACCCACCAACACCACCGCCAUCUCUGGGACGAGAUGGCGGACGACGAUCAGCUGGCGCAGUUUCUGCUCCGGCUGAUGGCGCUGUUCAGGGAGCUGAUCACAGAACAGAUGUACCCGCAGGAUUGGUGCGUCAUGAAGAUGACGGUGAAUAAGCUGAUCCUGACGACGUUGGGCGAGCUCUCCAUUGCACUUCGAGACCGUUUCCUGGCCGGCAACAGGUUCAAUCAGCUGCUGUGGCACAGCUACCUCACCCUGUCGGUGACCUUUGUGACCCAGCCUGAGCUCCAGUUGGAGUCAUUUUCCGAGGUCAAGCGUGAUAAGCUGCUGCAGAAGUAUCAGGACAUGCGACUGCUCAUGGGGUUUGAGCUGCUUGCAAUGUGGGGCCUUCUUGGCGAGCAUAAGAGCCAGUUCGUGCCGGCGCUGGUGGGGCCGCUGCUGGAGCUGACGCUGAUCCCGGCGCUGGAGCUGCGCACCGCCACCCUGCCCGUCUUCUACGACCUGAUCGAGGUCGAGCAGGUCACGCGCGGCAGCUUCAGACAGGUUGAGAUGGAGCUGAUUGACAAGCUGGAUAUUUUGGUCAGCGAGGACAAAGGCGACGACGAGUACCGACGCCUCUUCCAGACCAUCCUGAUGAUGGAGGUGGAGCGGCGCGCCCCGUCAUGGCACGAGGCGGGCGUGGCGUUCGUCAGUUCGGUGACGCGCCUGCUGGAGCGCCUGCUGGACUACCGCCAAGUCAUGGACGGAGAGGAGAACCGCGACAAACGCAUCAGCUGCACUGUCAACCUGCUGAACUUCUACAAGAGCGAGGUGAACCGGGCCGAGAUGUACCAGCGCUACAUCUACAAGCUGCACGACCUGCACGUAUCGGCCGAGAACUACGUGGAGGCAGCGCUGACACUGCGCCUGCACGCCGACCAGCUGGAGUGGACGACCCGCGUGCUGCACGCCGACCUGCGCUACCCGGUCCAGUGCGAGUGGCAGCGCAAGGAGCAGCUGCUCAACCAGAUGGUCGACUACCUGGACCGCGGCAAGUGCUGGGAGGCCGGCAUCCCGCUGCUGAAGGAGCUGGCCGAACAGUACGAGAACAGGGUGUUCGAUUACGGCAAGCUGAGCGAGGUGCUGAAGAGCAUGGCGAGGUUCUACGAUCAGAUCCUGACGCAGCUGCGGCCCGAACCCGAGUACUUCAGGGUCGGCUUCUACGGCCAGCGGUUCCCGCUCUUUGUGAGGAACAAGGUGUUCGUGUACCGAGGUCUGGAGUACGAGCGGAUCGGCGCCUUCACUCAGCGGCUGCAGACAGAGUUCCCGACUGCUCAGCUGAUGACUACACUAGCGCCGCCUGACGACAACCUCAUGAACUCGCCCGCCCAGUUUAUCCAGAUCUGCCACGUGCGGCCCGUGGCUCGCGACGUGUCGAGUCUGCCGGGGGUUGAGGUGCCGGCGCGGAUCCGCGCCUUUUACCUGGUCAAUGGCAUCGACACGUUCCAGUUCGACCGACCCGUGCACCGCGGCGUUGUCGACAAGGAGAACGAGUUCAAGAGCCUGUGGCUGGAGCGGACCACGCUGGAGAUCGAGGCGCCGCUGCCGGGCAUCUUGCGCUGGUUCCCAGUCGUGUCCGCGCGCCGGGAGCUCAUCUCGCCCAUCCGGCACGGCUGCGAGACGGUCAGCGCCGCCAACCGGCAGCUGCGGCAACUAAUCGCCCAGUACACGCCGCCGGCCGCCGAUGUCAACAUCAGUCCACUCAGCAUGCGGCUGCAGGGUAUCAUCGACGCAGCCGUCAAUGGCGGCAUCGCCAACUUUAAGGACGCAUUCUUCACGGCUGAGUUUCCGGCGCAGAACCCAGACAUGGCGCCGCACGUGCCCCAGUUGAAGGGUCUUAUCCAGGAACAGCUAUCGAUCCUGGAGCACGGCCUGACGCUGCACGGCCAACUGGCGCCGGCCAACGUGCAGCCGCUGCACCGGCGGCUGCGCCAGUGUCUGCGCGAGCUUCGCCAGGGCGCGGCCGCCUCCUGUCUGGCGGGCGGCGACGACUCGCCCGGCGCAGGACGCUUCAGCCGCCAGGGCAGCCGGCGCCGCAGCGUCGGGGCUGACUCCAAGGCCAGCAUACUCAGCACGCCGCUGCCGCCAGUGCCGACCGAGCGGCGCCCUGCCAGCGGCUCGUGUCGCAGCAGCCGCUCUUCCACCUCGUCCUGCUCAGUGUUCGGUCCGCUGCCGGACGAGGACGAGGACGAGGUAGAGGGCUACUCGCGGCCGUCCGAGUGGGGCGAUCUGGCCGAUCUGGGCGGCCGCGGCUCGAUCAGCUCGCGCGCGAGCGGGGGCUCGCGCCGCCACGACUACAUCCUGCUCACCGUCGGCAAGGGUGACGAGGAGCCUCCGGAGCGUCCCCCGAAACGGUUCUCCGAGCCUCGAGCGUUCGCGGAUGGCUGCUCCCGGCCGGCCAGCCGUCAGUCGCACGUCUCCAUCAUCGACACUUCUCUGCCUCCGCUGCCGCCCAAGCCCCCAGAGAAGCGGCACACCUCGUCCGUCUCGUCCGUGGUGUACGGCGGCGGCCCGGAGCACCGGCCCAGCCUGCCCGCCCGGCUCACCAAGAAGGUGUCGGCGCCGGCCAUCCUGUCGGGUGACUCGGCGGCGGUCAGCUGUCCGCCCACGCCACCGCCGCUGCCUCCCCGGCUCGCCGGCUGGCAGGGCGGCGUCGACCCGUCCGGCGACCUGCUCGAGCCGCCCGACUUCGAGGCGCCGCCGCCGCCCGACCAUGAGAGCCCGCUCCGGCUGUCGCUGGGCUUCGACGACUCGGACUCGGCCAGCUACAAGAUCCUGCAGCCGGACAAGCUGCGUCGCUUCGCCGACGAGGCCAACUACAAGCUGGUGGUGACGCCGGGCAGGAUCUGCCGCCGGGUGGCCGCCGCCGGUGAGAGGGAAACGGAAGCCUGACCACCUGACCUGAUUGUCCGGAUCGGGCCAUCACUGAAGACCUGACCUGACCUGACCAGCUGACCUGAUGGUCCGGAUCGGGCCGCACUGGUUGUGGAGCGCCUACGCUGGCUUGGGUUGGACUGGUAAUAGGCGGUUUGAACCGGUUGCGGACCGUUGGACUCGGUCCGGUUGUGCUUACGCCAACGAGCUAUACUGGGUAGGUCAAAAUAUGUUUUUUUGCGGGGCUGGUUAGGGUGGGACGGCCCCAUCACCACAUCCAAGGUGCUAUUGUUGGAUGGUGCGAGCUUAUCUGCUUCGCUCGGACGCGACCUUGGUUGAUGUUGCUUUUUGGCAUGCGGACGAGCGUUGGAAACUUCAGGAGUGCUGAUGUGGCUCAUUUUGACGCAAGCUCUCCACCGCGGCACCGCGGCUUGCUGUGGUCUUUGUUUUCUUACGAGCUCGUUCAUUGAUGCUGAUGUGCUAGUCAGUGGCCACUGCAAACGUCCAACGCAGAACGUCCCUUUUCGGAAGCGGGGGAAGCUUUCCGCACGCGCGAUGCGUUGCUAUGUACUGUGCGUGAUCCCACCCGAGCUGUUCUCUGUGAUCUGCCAGCUGCAUAUGUGAGUGGGUGUCUCGCUGCUCGUGGGAGCCGUCUCUCGCUCGGCACGGCCCGCCGCGCCGUCUCUCACUCGGCAAAGUCCGCUGCGCCGCAGUGCUCCCAGCGUGUCCUCCUAGUCGCGCGUGUCAUAUUUGCGCUCGUGUUUGCUCAUUGUAUCGCUGACAUUAUCCAAGGAAAUGCAGUAGAUUGCUAGUGGUAUUUGUUUCACAUUUUGGUCUGGUUUCCCGUUGAGGUAUGGUUUUAGAUUUAAGGUGGUUAUGGUACCGACUUCCGCUGCAUGGACAGCCUUUUUCACGAACGCCUGCGUUGUGGAAUGUGCUGAAACAUUUCAGAGAGCAUGAGCAGUAAAUGCCAAAAUAGCUGGCGUUUAGCCUGGCGUUACACGUCCACCAUAGUCACUUGAGUACCAGCAAAGCACAAACAAUAAUGACACUUUGUGUGAGUCCGUGUUCAUCUAACACUUCCAUGGCGAUUGCUUAGCACCUGUCUUAAAUUCCGCGGCUCUUAAAGGUACAUCCUGCGCAUGAGCGGGAUGUUACAGUAGUAAUGAUACAUUUCUGGAUUAUAACAGCAAGCACAGCAGUGCAUAUUGCAUUAUGCCGGGUAAGCAAGAAACUAUAUAUUUUCGGCCCAAGCUAGCUUUUAGGCUUUUGCCCGUGCUCGUAAGAUCGUACAGCCCAGAGGAAACAUCACAAAGCCGAUUUAACCCUUUGGGUUCUGAAUUGAUUUGCGCACGCACUUACAUUCAUGGUCCAGGUGUAUCCAACUGCGGUCAUAAGACCAGUUUGUCAACCUGUUUUUGAUCAAUUCAGCUAAUUUGAUCGA